AUGUUUGGUAAGUCUGACUUUUCAUACCUUAAACUCAAGCCUGAUCAUGCCUCACGUCCUUUGUGGAUUAGUCCUGAAGACGGAAAAAUUAUUCUUGAAAGCUUUUCACCGCUGGCCGAGCAAGCUCAAGAUUUCCUGGUUACAAUUGCCGAACCUAUUAGUAGACCCAGUCAUAUCCAUGAAUACCGUAUAACGACAUAUUCUCUGUAUGCAGCCGUCUCUGUUGGACUGGAAACAAAUGAUAUUAUUUCAGUUCUCAACAGAUUAUCCAAGGUACCGGUACCAAAGAGUAUUAUCACAUUCAUUCAUAGUUGUACUAUCUCAUACGGUAAAGUCAAGCUUGUCUUGAAACACAAUCGUUACUUUGUUGAAAGUUCGCAUGCUGAUACUUUGCAAAUGCUAUUGAAAGACCCUGAAGUUGGGAGGUUACGAAUUGAAGCUUCUGAGACAGUUACUAAAGAUGGUCUUGUUACAGAACGUGCGCCUACUGCUGGAUCCUUAGUGAUUCCUGGUACGGCAGCUAGUAGAAAGGAUAAUUCAGCACCGGAUCAAGCUGCUACCGCUACAGGAGCUAACGGUGCUUCUGCCCAGUCCGGCGAUGGUGAUACGGGUGAUUUUUUUUCCCAUAUAGUUGAUAUCGAGAGAGAUGACGAUGAUGAUUUAGAUGCAGUUCAUUCAUUUGAAAUCUCUCCUGAUUCUGUAGAAGAUGUCAAGAAGCGAUGCCAGAUAAUUGACUAUCCUGUUCUGGAGGAGUAUGAUUUCAGAAAUGAUCUUAGAAAUCCAGAUUUAGAUAUCGAUUUAAAGCCAUCGACACAGAUUCGACCAUACCAGGAAAAGAGUUUGAGUAAGAUGUUUGGUAAUGGCCGUGCAAGAUCAGGUAUUAUUGUAUUGCCAUGUGGUGCAGGUAAAACUUUGGUUGGUAUCACUGCUGCCUGUACUAUCAGAAAAAGUGUCAUUGUGCUCUGUACCUCAUCUGUGUCAGUUAUGCAAUGGCGACAACAAUUUUUGCAAUGGUGUACUAUUCAGCCUGAAAAUGUAGCAGUGUUCACAUCAGAUAAUAAGGAGAAGUUUCAAGGUGAUGCUGGUUUAGUUGUGUCGACAUACUCCAUGGUGGCUAAUACUCGUAAUAGAUCGCAUGAUUCCCAGAAAAUGAUGGACUUUUUGACGUCACGGGAAUGGGGUUUUAUUAUUUUAGAUGAGGUUCACGUUGUUCCUGCUGCUAUGUUUAGAAGAGUAGUUACAACGAUUGCUGCUCAUGCUAAGCUUGGUUUGACUGCAACAUUAGUAAGAGAAGACGACAAGAUUAAUGAUUUGAACUUUUUGAUUGGUCCUAAGCUAUAUGAGGCCAAUUGGAUGGAUCUUGCACAGAAAGGACAUAUUGCCAAUGUUCAAUGUGCUGAAGUAUGGUGCCCUAUGACAUCUGAAUUUUAUCAAGAAUAUUUAUUGGCCAAUGCUCGUAAGAGGAUGCUGUUAUAUAUCAUGAACCCAACCAAAUUUCAGGCAUGCCAAUUCCUUAUUGAGUAUCAUGAGCGUCGUGGUGACAAGAUUAUUGUGUUUUCUGAUAAUGUAUAUGCUCUCAAAGCGUAUGCGUUGAAACUGGGCAAACCAUUUAUUUUUGGUGGUACGCCACAACAGGAACGAAUGAUGAUUUUGAAAAAUUUCCAGUACAACGAAGAUGUCAAUACCAUUUUCUUGUCGAAAGUCGGUGAUACUAGUAUCGAUUUGCCAGAAGCCACAUGUUUGAUCCAGAUUUCAUCGCACUACGGUUCUCGUAGACAGGAAGCACAACGUUUAGGCAGAAUUCUGAGAGCCAAGAGAAGGAAUGAUGAAGGUUUCAACGCUUUCUUUUACUCAUUGGUAUCAAAGGAUACACAAGAAAUGUAUUACUCUACCAAGAGACAAGCGUUUUUGGUAGACCAGGGCUAUGCAUUCAAAGUAAUUACACAUUUGCACGGUAUGGAAACGCUACCAAACCUAGCAUAUUCGUCACUCAGCGAGCGUAGAGAACUUUUACAAAUGGUACUUUUGCAGAAUGAAGACGCCGCUGGCAUCGAAGCAGGCGAUGAUGCUGACGACUUUGUGGGCAGAGGUUCUAAUAUUGUCAAGGCCAAAGCUAAGCGACAUGUGGGUUCUCUCGCCAGUUUGGCAGGAGGUGAAGACAUGGCUUACAUUGAGUACAACAAAAACAAGAAUAAAGAACUCAAGAGCCACAAUCCGGUCAUUAAGAAGCUUUACUACAGGAAAAAAUAG